AGGAAACUCACUAAGGUAUUUUACUUUUUUGGCCUAAUAGGAAAAUGAGACAGCCUUCUAGAAUUAUAUAGUAUACAACAAUCUUUGGUUUGAUUUUUUCUAGCAAUGAUGUUAAUUGGUAUAGAUGAUGAGUUAGGUCCACAACUGUAUAAGACAGAUCCUGCUGGCUACUACUCUGGAUUUAAAGCAUGUGCUGUUGGUGUGAAACAAACUGAAGCGAACAGUUUCUUUGAAAAGAAAAUGAAGAAGAAACCAAAUUGGACUCAAGAUGAAACUAUUCAGGUGAACCUUGGCGUACCCAACUCAUAAAAUGAUUUAGAACUGAUACAACCAUUUAAGCAUAUAACCUAUUCUGUCGCAUCGUGCCCCAAUGCUUCCAAAUGUAUCAAUUUAUCCAGGGUUCGUACAAAACUUGAAAGCCCUUCAAUAUGGAAACAAAAAUUUGAGGCCUUGAAAGUCCUUGAGUUUAUAAAGAAGUGCUUCAAAGUCCUUAAAUUGUUCUUGCUUUAGUGGAUAUUUUCUGAAAUUGUUUCGUAUUAGGAAUUGGACAUUUUGUUAAUUGAGUUUGUUCAUGUUUACAUCCAAGGUCAAAGGUGUUUGAAAUUUACUAAAGUUGCCGUUUGUCGAGUUUAACGUCACUUUUUACUGAUUUCUAACGCCUUCUUUUCAGCCCUUUAGUCCUUGAAUUUCCUGAUAUAUGGCCUUGAAAAGUCCUUGAAUAUAACUCUUCCUGACCUGUACAAACCCUGUUUACUCUGUCUGACCUCAGGUGACUUUACUUGUCAAGGGGAGAGUCUCUCAAUGGGUUGAAUUAAGCUUAUACUGUAAUUCUUUCAAAUAUUUUAUUUUAAUUUUAUAGAUGGGUAUAAGAUGUCUGUCAACUGUUCUAUCUAUUGAUUUCAAACCUUCAGAAGUUGAAGUUGGCAUUGUCACAACAGAUCUCCCUACAUUUAGGUAAAAUUAUUCAAGGCUGAGACAGGCCACCUACAUUGCAUGUAGCAUUUUCAAUGUACACAUGUAUACUGUAACAGCUCAUAAUGUUGAAAUCUGUAUCUUUUUUAGAUCUUUAAAAGAAUCCGAAAUCGAUGCUCACCUUGUGGCUAUUGCUGAAAAAGAUUAGACUUUAUGAACUAUGCUAUGCUACAGUAAUUUGUUGUAAAUGUGAUGUAAUGUCAACGUAAUAGAAGAGACACCGUUUUUAUGAUCCCGUAGAGUCUUGGUAGCCAGGUUUUUUUUUCGGAGCUGCAGAAGUAGCGAGCCAUGAGAGCGACGCUACCGCCAUAGUCUAUUAGAGGCUAACUCCAAAUUCAAAAUUUGCGCUUCGAAACGUAGUUGAACUAUAAAAAUUCUGGAGUUACAGUCAACUACAAAAAAAUAAUGCGAAGGCAUUUGAGCUACAAUCCAGGCCAACACUUUGUGGACAGUACAAAAUCGUAUCAAUUUAUAUGAUGUGUUUGGUAAUAUUACAUGUAUAUUCUGUCAACCCCCACUCCUCCUGCUCAAUGUUUCAUCCUAAUAUGAUACACGUGGAGUUGCAGAAACGAUUUCAAAUUGUUUUUUUUUGCGGGGGGGGGGCAUGAAUUAUAGCAUUAAAUUGAUCCUGAAUGCAUGUGAGGCUAUUUGUCCACUACACAUGAUUUUGGCCUGGAUUGUAGUGAUCUAAACUUGACUAUUACUCAUUAUGCAAGUGGGCGUACUUAUCUAAGUCUGUCUGGACACUUGUUAACUCCAAAUCUGCUAUUCAUCGAUCAUAAAAAAGUUGGCUGUGAAAAGAAAACUUUCAGAGUAAAAAUAAUUUAAAGCAAAUCUCAGUUUAUCGUCGGAGGAGGGGAAGUGGAAGAUCUGCCCCCGAGCUUGCAGUCCCCACUCCCCAAGCUUGCUAGUUUUUAUCGGCAUACUGUAGCUCCACAAGUUCCUGGGGUUUUUUCUGUUCGCAUGGUAUAUGCUUGUUAUUGUUCACAUAUAAAUGUUCUAAAAUAUUAUUUAACUACGCGCAAAGCAGGAUCAUAAAACGGACUUUUCGAAUAGAAGAAAAUCGAGCUAGGAUAUUAUUUCAAUCUUCAUUAAAACAUGUCAUGUUUAUUAAUAAAUACACCAAUCUCUUUAUCGUAUAGUUUAUCUUCAUUUGUCUUGCGGAUUUUUGGGCAGGAAAGCCUUUCGGAAUAAUUAUGCUUGUUUGGCUGUAUUCUGUAGAAAACCUCCAUCCAAUUGAACG